AUGAUUGAAAUUCUUUUUGGUUAUUUUAUUUUUGAUUCAAUUGAUAUGUUAAGAAAACUACCAAGUAGACAAACAUAUGAAUAUCUUCUACAUCAUAUUAUUAUUAUUGGAUGUUUUGGUAUUUCAGUUUAUUAUGGUCAAUUUAUUGGAUAUUGUGUUCUUAGUUUAUUUCUUGAAAUAAAUAGUAUAUUUUUACAUUUAUAUUGGAAUACAUCUCGAAAAAAUAAAAUUUUUCUUAUUAAUACAAUACUUAAUCUAGAUAUGUUUUAUUUCUCUAUAGUAAUUAUCUUGAGAGUCGUUAGUUGUGUUUUUAUUAUUUUUUUCUCGAGACAUUAA